AUGCUUACCGGAUCCUUCUCGCACCAUGCUGGCGGCGAAAAUGUCGUAAAACCUAACCAGACGACCAGCACAAAAUGCGAUCUUUCCAAAGCGAGGAACCAUUUCGCAGUGGCAUCUGAAGCGGCCAACGCCUCGGGUGGCGGUGAAGAAUAUCUGUUGACGUUCAAUGUUAAAGUCUGGCGUUCCUGUGAAGCGUCCAAUGGUCCUUUGUCGCAGAAACUUAAUUUCCUGGCAAAAUUUGAAAAAUCGCAGGCUCAGCUGACCAGGAGUUCCGGCGGGAAGGAGGGUCGCGUGAAUAUAUCUGACGGUCCGGAAGGCGUGCAGCGUGCAGCGUUGCAGGGACAGGGCGAACAGCGGGUGACCGAGAUUUUACAUAACAGAGAAGCUCUCACAGCGCUGGCGGAUAUAUAG